AUGGAAACCGCCUCCGUAGUGCUCCAGGAGGAGAUGGAGAGCCUGUGUGUGAUGGAGCUGCUUGCACUCGUCCUUCCUCUUCUUUUCUUCCUCACACAGACGACCUCUUUGGACCUGUGCGAGGGGUCACCAUGUUUAAAUGGAGGAGUAUGUGAACAUGUGGAGGAUGGAUACACCUGUACCUGCACCACUGAAUACACUGGGGCAAACUGCCAGUACUUAGUCGACCUCUGCGCCUCUGACCCCUGUCUCCAUGGUAACUGCACACGUGAUGGUGCGGGGUUCGUCUGUACCUGCAGUGAUGGGUACACAGGGGAAAGGUGCGACCGACCAGCUUCAACAUUUGACCUGGACGAGGCCGGCUGGGACUUGGCGGCUACCCCGGCUACCACCACUCAGCCAUCUCAGCCAAUCACAGAGCUCAGCGACACACAGGCCACGCCUACAUUGCAGCCAUGGCAACCACAGCCUGGACAGAAAGCGGAGAUGAUUCAAUGGGAGGAACUACAGAUCUCUGAUGGAUCGGAGUGUGUGAGCAUUGCAGGAACUGAAUCUGCUGGUAUGAUGACGGUUACCAUGGAGAUCCCUGAAGGAACUGCAGUAAAGUUGGUACUGAACGCUAGCGGUGCUGCAGCGCUGUGGCGUGUUGGUGUUCUCGGAUUUGAUCAGUGUUCAGUAUCAGACGGAUCAGUGGUUUGGUUUCAACAGGACUUUAACGGCCUUGUCAUCUCUGAUCAAUUAUUGCCGCUUGGACAGAACUACUUUAUCACUGUGAUGCAUGUUGGCGCCCCCUCUGGACUGGAGGUCACUCUGCGACUGCAGCUCACUGUAAAGUCUAGCGUUUGUUUGGAGGCAGGCACCAGCUUCACUGACCCACAAUGCACUGGGAAAGGAGAGUGCAUUACACAACCUACUUUGAGCAUGUUUUAUUGCCAGUGUGAGGUUGGUUACUCGGGAGCAUUUUGUGAGGAAUUUGACGCUUGUUUGUCAAAUCCUUGUGAGAACAAUGGAACCUGCAGUGACAUCACACAGAGACAUGAAGGACACAACUACACCUGUACCUGCCCACCAGGAUUUGAAGGUGAGCGCUGUGAGUUUCAGUUAAAUUACUGCGCUUCAGAGCCCUGCAAGAAUGGAGCGACCUGCACCAACACACCAGACGGCCCACAAUGCACCUGCACAGAAGGGUACCGUGGCAGUGUGUGUGAGGUGAUGAUCGACCCCUGUGUGUCCGGUCCGUGUCACAAUAACGGGACCUGUUACCUGCAGGCCGGUGGGCGGGGCUUCAGCUGUGCCUGUCCUCCUGGAUUUACUGGACACACCUGUGCUCAGCUUGUCGAUUUCUGCUCGCUUAACCCGUGUGCACAUGGGGUGUGUCGUAAUGUUGGAACCAGCUAUAGGUGUCUGUGUGUACCAGGUUAUCACGGGCUAUACUGUGAGGAGGAGUAUAACGAGUGUCUCUCCGCUCCCUGUUUAAAUUUUGCCACCUGUCGAGAUCUCAUCAAUGCUUACGAGUGUGUGUGCACCCCCGCAUACACAGGGAGACACUGUGAGAUCUAUAAGGAUCCGUGUGUGAAGCAGCAGUGUCUGAAUGGUGGGCAUUGUGAGAAGGGGCGGGGUAAUGCCACCUGUGUAUGUCCACCUGGCUAUACAGGUGAAACCUGUGAGGUCGACAUUAAUGAGUGUGAGAGUAACCCCUGUCACCAUGGCGGGACCUGCACUGACCAAUCAAACGGCUUUACCUGUCACUGCCCACCUGGCUGGGUGGGUGGAGCCUGUGAGAUCCAUCUGCAGUGGAAGGCGUCUCGGGUGGUGGAUUCUCUUCCUAGCGUUCCCCGUCACUCUCUCUACAUCAUCAUCGGUGCUCUGUGUGUAGCCUUCAUCCUCAUGCUCAUCAUCCUCAUCGUGGGAAUCUGCCGCAUCAGCCGUAUCGAGUACCAGGCUUCGUCUCGCCAUGCCUACCAAGAGUUUUAUAACUGCCGCAGUAUCGACAGUGACUUCAGCAGUGCCAUCGCCAACAUACGGCAUGCCCGAUUUGGGAAGAAGUCUCGCCCUGCCAUGUACGAUGCCACGCCCAUCCACUAUGAAGAUUACAGUGCCGAUGACAAACCGCUUGUUACACUUAUCAAAACUAAAGAUCUGUAACACACACACACACACACACACGCACACUGAUGGUUCAUUAUGAUGAACUUUUAAUACAGGAUUCAUUAUUUAAAUAGUAAUAUAAAGAUUAGAUGAACUUUGGUAUUUAAUAGCUCUAUUUUAUCACUGAAGUCCAUAUAAAGAUUUGAAUAUAGAGUUAAUGUGUGUAUUAAUAAUAAUAAAUAUUAUCUAUUGUUUAUUAUCAGAGUGAAUAACCAAACAGAAAAAUAAAUGAAUGUUUAUAGUUUGCACAGCUAGCGUGUUCGCCUGCAGUACAGCGCUGUAUUACAGGCCGUAGCUACGGCUGUGUUCCAAACACUGCAGUUUAUUACGAGUUCUUCUGAGA